CUAAUCCGGAGGGGAGGAGGCUGGCAGCCAGCAGCAGCGGCAGCGACAGGGGCGUCCAGAAUACUCCAGGCCACCACCCUCCCCACCCACCACUUGUUUGGGCGGCCUUAAAGAGUUGAGUAAAAUCAAGCUGGUAACCAACCAUGACUGAAGGAGGAUUUGAUCCCUGUGAAUGUAUUUGCUCUCAUGAACGUGCUAUGAGAAGACUCAUCAAUCUGCUCCGGCAGUCCCGGGCCUAUUGUACCGACACAGAAUACCUUCGGGAAUUGCCAGGGCCCUCCGGUGACAGUGGCAUCAGCAUCACUGUGAUCUUGAUGGCCUGGAUGGUGAUCGCUGUGCUCCUCUUUCUACUGAGGCCUCCUCACCUGAGAGGCUUCAGCCUUCCUGGAAAGCCCUCCAGUCCUCACAGUGGACAGGUCCCGGCAGCCCCUCCUGUGGGCUAACAUCCUGGUGUGGGAAGCAGCGAUUGUUUGACACCCUGCACGACCGAAGGACUGAAGAGAA